CAAUCAAACGUCGCGAAUGAAGGAAAAUUUGUUGUGAAGUGUCGUGUUUUUUGUUAAAAAGUUGAAUAUUGCAAAAAUAAAUGAUGUUUUCUGAUGACGAAAUAAAAGAAAUGCCGGGUGGUAGUUUCAUGAGGCCUGGCGAUGAAAUAAUAAGUAUACGCAAAGUGUGUUUAAGCGACAAAUAUGAGAAAAGCGAUUCAAGUGACAAUAAGGAGCCGUUAAUUUCAAAUUCAGCUGGUAAUGAUCUAGAUGUAUCUCGCUCUCUCUUCCGCGAUGGCUUCUUCCCCGACACGCUCGAGCACUCCCAAGCUCGCUUCGCUUGGACGGAAGAGGACGGCAACAUCGCGUCGCUCGUGUCUGAGCCUGGCUUCGGUACGGGGCAAACCUUUGGGAAGGACCUGGAUGCUGCCCUUAGCAAUGAGCAAGAAGCCGAUACCUCGAGCUCGGUGUUCAACGGCCGCAGUUACCUUCCGAAGACCACCACGGACUCCCACCUAGUUUCCUCCACUUCUGCAGCAGUAUCUAAUGAGCGCAGAGGCACCCAAGGCGCAUGCAAGGUGGACAAAACUGACCCACGUUCGCGGUUCCACUACGUCAAGUACGUGAAGAGACACGGACGGACCGUUAAACUGUGGGAGUGCGGAAUAUGCAGCAGAGAGUUCCAGCACCAAUACACGUUAAUGCGCCAUCUGCCAACGCACACAGACGAGAGGAACUUCCAUUGCGACACCUGUGGAAAAAGCUUCCGGCAGCUCUCCACUUUGAGCCAGCACCGUGCCAUCCACUCUGCAGAACGCCCUUACGGUUGCGAGGUGUGUAACAAAACGUUCAACCGCGUGUCCACCCUGAUCUCCCACCGGAAGACCCACUCGGACGUCAAACCCUACAAGUGCCACCUCUGCCCUAAAGGAUUCCACCAGAAAGGCAAUCUACGAAACCACUUGUUCACUCAUACCAACGAGCGCCCUUACCGUUGCAACAUUUGUUUCAAGGGAUUCAACCAGCAGUCUAACCUUGUGUGCCAUAAAAAUAAGGCUCAUUCCGAAGACGCGAAUGGUGCUGUCCUCCGCAGCCGCACCAACACACCUCGCGCCGCCAGCACUGUCUCUGAAAGUCAGCCUGAUUCCACCAGAACCUCGGUCGACCAAUGCGAAGUAUCCUCCUCCGUCGGCCCCUACAUGGGCACCUCCAUAGAAGUCCUAUCCUCCUCUUCGUGGACCCCAAAAUCCUCCCCCUCUCUAGAGUCCAGCGACUGGAGCAACGACCUACCCUGGAGUACCAUGUGCAAUGGAGUCAUAGUGGACCCCAUAAAGACGUACCACAUGGGGGUGGCUCUGGCCACCAGGCAGACGCCAUUUGCUUUGUUGAAGCCGGAUAACAGUACGCCUGUUUUGGUGAAAGUGAUUGAUACUAAGAUCCCUGGAGGGAAGCAAAUGCUGGUUCCCGCUACCGCAGAUGAUUUGAGGAUCGGAGGAAAGAUAGUAGUGAACAAUUCGGAAAAUAACCGGUCUCAGGAGCAAGGCUCAUCCGACAUGAAGAGUGCAGUUCAAAUCCGUGUGCCAGUAGUAGCCACCGUGGUUCCACAGAUCAAAGCAGGAGGGCAGCUACAUUUGGCUGUCCAAGAACCUCACCACGCAUACCACACCGCACUCUCCGCUGAUGUAGGAGAAGUACCGGAGAAGCCGUGCACUAUCAAGCAGGAGCUUCCACCAUCUCCACCACGUCUGCUGCCACGAAUGGAGUCCCGCAUGGAACCACGCUUGACAGCAUGCAUGCCGUCCCAUAUGCCAACUCUAGAGCGUCAUAUUGCUCGUAGCUUCGACGACGUCGUCAAACCUGUACCCAAGAAGCUGUGCAUCAAGCAGGAGUUUCCACCAUCUCCACCACGUCUGCUGCCACGAAUGGAGUCCCGCAUGGAACCACGCUUGACAGCAUGCAUGCCGUCGCAUAUGCCAACUCUAGAGCGUCAUAUUGCUCGUAGCUUCGACGACGUCGUCAAACCUGUAAGAGUACCCAAGAAGCUGUGCAUCAAGCAGGAGCUUCCACUAUCUCCACCACGUCUGCUGCCACGAAUGGAGUCCCGCAUGGAACCACGCUUGACAGCUUGCAUGCCGUCGCAUAUUCCAACUCUAGAGCGUCAUAUUGCUCGUAGUUUCGACGAUGUUGUCAAACCUGGGACCAGCAUUUCUUCUUGCUCGCUACCGCCGCCAGCGCCAUCGCCACCACUAGAUCUGAUCACUGAUCUCUUCGAGCCCAUGGAAUGUAUCCCACUAGGUCCUCAGAUAACGGCAGUGGACAACAUAGACCAGCCGCCACACUCAGAUGACUCCGACAUAUUUAUAGGAGAGUUCGAAGAAAGCAUCCCCCUGUCCGAUUCCGACUGAAAAUACUUAUUUUAUUUAUUUUGUUUGUUUUACAGUGGAAAAUGAAGUUUUGAUUUAGGUGUAGUGUUAAGCGAAACCAAGUUUAGUUGUUUGUUCUAGCUUUAGGCGUUUUGUUUUAAAUAUAUUCGAAAAUGUUAUAAAUAU